AUGGCUGUCCGGAGUGUCGGCGCGUUGCUCUUACUGCCAUUCUUCGCUUCUGUCGCGUCUGCCAUCGUGCGCAAUGGCAAAGUCGGUGCCAACAUUCCGCGCAUGCAGCUCGUCAAGAAGGUCGAUCUCCCGCACGUAGGCCCCGUCGUCGAUCGCAACGGCACCGAGAUUCCACCAUACAACACGACCUACUACUUCGAGCAGUUGAUUGAUCACAACAACCCGAGCCUGGGCACGUUCUCGCAGCGAUACUGGCACACGUGGGAGUUCUACGAGCCUGGUGGUCCUAUCAUUAUCACUACACCUGGAGAGCAAGACGCCGAUGGCUUCGAGGGGUACCUGACGAACUUAACGAUCAUGGGACAAAUUGCCCAAGAGCAAAACGGAGCUACCAUCGUGCUCGAGCAUCGUUAUUACGGCUAUUCCAAUCCUUAUAAUAAUUUGUCUGUCGCGAGCCUCAAGUAUCACACGAUCCAGCAGGCGAUCGACGACUUCGACUAUUUUGCUUACAAUGUGAAGCUCGCCAUGCCUAGAGGUGACCAUGUCACGCCUGCAAAAGCGCCAUGGAUCCUGGUCGGGGGCAGCUAUGCGGGUGCUCUGACCAGCUUCACUAAAGUCAACAAACCCGACCUGUUUUGGGCGGCAUGGUCCUCCUCUGGUGUGGUUGAGAGCAUUAUUAACUACUGGGGUUACUUCGACAUCAUCCGGCAGUACAUGCCCGCGAACUGCUCUGCGGAUGUUCAGGCGAUCGUUGGCUACUUCGACGGCAUCGUCGCCAAGAACGACACGUCUGCGAUCGACGCUCUCAAGGCGACGUUCAACAUGACCGCGCUAACGCACCUAGACGACGUUGGGGGUGCAUUGGCAGACCCUCUAUACUCAUGGCAGGAUCUCCAGCCUAGCAGCGAGCUCAGUGAUAACGCAUUCUUCGAAUUCUGCGACGCACUGGAAGUAAAGGAUGGAGAGAAUGCGCCGCCGCAAGGUUGGGGUCUCGAGCACGCGCUGCAGGCGUAUGGUUCGUGGUGGACGAGCACCUAUUAUGAGACAAUCUGCCCCGGACAGGGUGUGGUGGAAUGUCUGGGCUCGUAUGAUCCUACGCAAGACAUCUAUACUGACAUAUCUAUCAACAAUGCCGAGCGCUCGUGGUUAUGGAUCGUCUGCAACGAGAUGGGCUUCUACCAAGACGGCGCGCCUGAUGGCAUACCCACCAUCGCUUCGCGGCUUAUCCAGCCCAUCUACGAAGAGCGCCAGUGCACAUACUACUUCCCAGAAGCAUUCAGCACGCCGCCCACGCCGCAAGUCAACGCGACCAACGCGGCCUAUCAUGGUUGGGACGUGCAGUCAGAGCGGCUCUUCUUCGGCAACGGCUUGCGCGACCCGUGGAGGGACGCGACUGUCUCUGCAGAUGGUCGGGGGAAGCGGAGCACGCCGCGGCAGCCGAUUGCGGUGGGUGAUGGCUUCCACUGCUCUGAGAUGUACACGGCGAAUGCGGAGGUCGACCCGACCAUUGCCCUCGUGCAGGCGGAGGGGCGUAAGGCCAUGCACAAAUGGCUGAAAUCUUGGAAGGCUCCGACCCCGUCCUCAUAA